CCUCUCCUUCUCCUCUCUUCUCGGUCUCUUCAGUCCACCCACUUUCUUUCUUUCUCAUCUCCCUCUUCCUCUCUCUCUCUCUCUCGCUUCCUCCUUUUCUACUCCCUUCAUCUCCCUCCUCGCGAAUGCCGCUCUUUACCCCCUCGACGUGACUCGCUCUGCCGCCCUUCGCAUCUCCACUUUAUUAUUGAUUGAUUUCCCCACCGUGGAAUGAAGUGAACGUGGGCUUUUUUUGACCCUGGCCGCUGUUGAGCCUCUCUCGUCUUCGCUUUCUCCCUCCCCCGAGCCUCGCCUGCCUGCCUCGCCUGCCGACCGUCAGCAUGGCUCACUAUCAGAAUGGCCAUCCGGUCUAUGGCCAGCCAAAUAGUCCCUCCUCGUCCGCCGCCCAACCUGCCCGCUACGCCUCCAACCACAAUCCGCCGCUGCGCCGCAUGCCCAGCUACGACGUCGGCGACGACGCCGCCCUCUCUGCCCACAACGCUCGCUCCGCCGACGCCGCCAACGGUCAAUACGGCGCCUGGGCUGCCGAGGGCUACGGCCGGGCUGACCCCCGGUAUUCCCAGCUCCCCGCGGCCACGUCGCCCCAGGUGCCGCGGAGUCGGGGCUCCUCGCACUCCGCCUACCAGUAUCAGUAUACCUCGACGCUGGCCUCGCCCACCCAGCCCGCCUACAACCCGCAGCAGUACGCCGUCCCGUCCACCCCGUCGCAGCUGGGCUACAAUCCGCUGGCCUACUCGGGCUCCGGCAGCAGUGCCUACGCCGCCGCUUCGGCCGGGGGCAGCGCUGCUGCCGGCCAUCAGCCUUACAAUCCCGCCGCCUACUCGCAGGCUCCUCCGACGCCCCUGACCUACCCCCCGCCACAUCCACACCUGCCGCCGCCGCCGCCGCCCCGGGGCACCGAGCAUCCUUACGGAGGACGUCCACCCCCGGCCGGCUCCUACGGAUUCUCUGCCCCGCAGUCGACGCUGCCGUCCGCGUAUCCCCUGGGCUCGCCGUCCACCCCCAGUGCUGCCUAUGCCGUUGGAGGAGCCCUGGCCGCGGGCGGGCUCGGCUCGACGGCCUACUCGACCGGUCACUCCCCCUACCUGCCUCAGUCACCUCGUCGCUCGGAGAGCACAAUCGCUGCCGCCGUCGGGGACGAUCAGCCGCCGCCGCCGCCCGCUCAUGCCACUGCCGGCGACGACCCCUUUCGCAAGCGAUUGAGUUUCACCCGUCCAGGUUCCGGCCGCUCGCUUCCUACGCCGCCCACGCAGCAUAGUCAGUCGCCGCACUCGCCACACUCGCCGCGCCGCGCCGAGACCUUGACCCGGCAUCCGCAGGCCCGGCCGUUGCCCGGGCCUCCUGUCGACGCCGACGCCGCUAGUACCUCGAGGACGAACGGGGCCGGCCAUUCGCCGUUCGACGACGCGGCGGACGAUUUCCAGGCCGCUGACCGUCCGCUGUCCGGGGCCAUGCGCCAGAGGAUUGGACCCCUCCACGUGGACACGCAGCACAACCCCUUCCGGGGCGAUGGCGAGAUAGCGCAGCACGACGCGACCGGCCUGCGCCUGUCGCCCGACGAGCGUCACACGCACACCAAUGGGAACAUGGCGACGGGCACGGGCCAGUACGUCAACUACGACGCCUACAGCGACGACAGCGACGCCGAGGCGGCCGCCGGACUGGCCAUGUUGCAGAUGGCGGACGAGGAGGAGAAGGCGCAGGCCGAGCGGCUGCAGGAACGAUCUCGCCGCGAGACCAACGCCUCGAUCAUCAGUGCCUACGCAUCGCAUCCGUCCGGCGGCGCCGCCUCGCCACACCCGGACACCCGGCCGGACGACGGCGCCCUAUAUGGUGCCGGCUAUCGACGCUCCCAGUACGGCGAGAUGGGAUAUCAUCGGGACGAGGCGGUGCCGGCGGCAAACGGCCCUGACCGGGACCGCCUCAUGGCCACGUCCGGCUCGCUGCGCAGCUCCAACGUAUCGUCCGACGAUCGGGCCGAGUACUCGGACGACUACGACUAUCCGCCCGUCGCCGACGACGAUCGCGCCGCCGCCGCCUACCCCUUCCAGCCGCUGCCCUCGCACGCGCGCGUGGACGCCGGCGGCACGGGCGGCCUGUCGGAGCCGGGGGCGUACGGGCGCCGCAUGAGCUUCGAUUACGGUGAGGAGGCGGAGACGCCGCCCAUCCAACAUUCGCAGCAUUCGGACAGCGAGGGAUCGGAGCGUGGCGACGAGCCCGAGGAUCUGUUCUUUCACCCGGGCAUGCGACCCCUGCCUCCCGCACCUGUGGAACCGGCGAACAACGCGCGCCUGAUGCCGCAUCUGAUGCCGGCCGGCACGUACCGGCACGCGGAGCAAGAGGACUGGCAAUCGGCUUCACAGUAUACUCCCUCCUACCUCCCAGUUGCUGCAGACUCGUACAGGCCGACCGUGUCCGCCUCCUCUCAAGUUCCACGGUCGACGUCCUUGUCGAGCCAUCCGAUUGGACCGCGUACUGACCCCCCUAUCAGGUCCAAAACCGACGCUGAUCGGGCCAAGUACCGGCAGCAGCAGCAGCAGCAGCAGGAGCAGGAGCUGCUGUCGCUGCGCCCGGAAUCUGGCUCGCUGCAGCUGGACGCGCAGACGGCGGCCGCCAUGGCCCUGGACCUGCCCACCAUCCCCGCCGGCCGUCGCAAGAAGUUCAACCCGACCAAGUUGAGCUCGGAGCAGUUCCGCCGCUGCACCGAGCCCUGGGCGCUGAGCGCCGUGCUGGCCUGGAUCCGCGAGCUGAGCGAGGACGAGACCGACCUGAAGGAGCAGGCCAUCGUCGAGGCCCUCGUCGCGCUCUUCACCCACAAGGUGCCGACCAUGAACAUGGCCGACGCCGAGACGCUGGCCGCCCGCGUCGUCGCCAACAUGCUGGCCGAGGAGGCCCUGGUGAAGGAGGAGGAGUGGGUCAAGUUCGGUCCCGGCUCUCUCUCGGGCGUGCUCUUCCAGAUUACCGGCACCGGCUGCUACUCGUCCCUGCUGCACGAGCAGGAAGGCGAGGCCUUCGGCCGCUGCUACUCCUACCACUGCAUGCGCACCCUGAAGAAGGUGAACCUGAAGGCGCAGAUAAUGGAGCCGCAGAAGAAGGCCGAGGACUGGGUGACGUUCUACAAGGUCCCCAAGGAGGUCUGGGAGCCCUACCCGAAGAAGGAGAUCGACCGCCAGAACAACCUGCACGAGGUGGUGACCACCGAGGAUUCCUUCAUCGGCCAGCUAGACGUGCUGCGCGAUCUCUACCGCGACCAGCUGCUCAGCAUGCAGCCUUCCAUCAUCCCGCCCAAGCGCCUGAACAAGUUCCUGCACGACGUCUUUGGCAAGGUCGACUCCGUCAAGCGCGUCAACGAGGACCACCUGCUGGCGCAGCUCAAGUACCGCCAGAAGGAGCAGGGUCCCUUCAUCGUCGGCUUCAGCGAUAUCUUCCGCGAGUGGAUCCGCAAGGCGAAGUCCGUCUACGUCGACUACGCCGCCACCUUUCCCCAUGCCAACUACCUGGUGCGCAAGGAGGCCGAGCGGAACAUCCACUUCCGCCAAUUCCUGAACCAGGCUCGCGACCACAAGCUCUCGAACCGGCUCAGCUGGGACACCUACCUCAAGGCCCCCAUCACGCGGAUCCAGCGCUACACCCUCCUGCUCUCCACCGUCCACAAGAACAUGCUGAAGGAUAGCGAGGAGAAGGCCAACGUGGCCCAGGCCAUCGAGGAGAUCAAGCUGGUCGCGCUGGAGUGUGACAACAAGGUCGGCGAGAUGAGCAAGAAGGUGGACCUGAUGGAGCUGUCGUCCAAGCUGCAGCUGCGGCCGGAGAUGAAGAAUGAGGUCGAGCUGAACCUGGAGCAUCUGGGCCGCGAGAUCAUCUUCCGAGGCGACCUGCAGCGACCGGGCACUCGCACCCGCUUCCUGGUGGACACCCAUGCCAUCCUCCUCGAUCACUACCUGGUCCUGGCCAAGGCCGUCACGGCCCGGGACCCCUCGCGCACCGUCAAAUACGAGAGCUACGACGUCUCCAAGCUGCCCAUCCCCAUGGAUCUCCUGGUCCUGGAAAGCGCCAACGAGGAUCCGGUGGUCAAAUCGUCGGUGCGUGGCGUCGCGACGGUGACGCCGCCCCAGGCCGCCACGCGAGGCACCGGUGCCGUGCCCUCUCCCUACGCCGCCGGCGGCACGUCGGCGCUGGUGCCCACCACGGUGCUGGAGAACUCCAAGGACGACAAGAUCCUCUACCCCUUCAAGAUCAAGCACCUGGGGAACGCGGGCACGUACAUCCUCUACGCCUUUUCUGCCCAGAGCCGGCAGGAUUGGUGUGAUAAGAUCACCGAGGCGAAGACGAAGCAUGCGGCCGCCCUCUACACCCAGAAUGCCGAGCCCUUCCGGCUUCGUGUGCUGGCGGACACGGCCUUUGCCAACUCGGAUUUCUCGCCCUCGAGGUCGGUCACCAUCGACGGCACCCCCCUAGACCGCGCCAUCAAGGAAGUCGAGCUGCGGUAUCCCGCGGCCAGCCCCCGGCCUCAACCAGUCUGCAGGACGGCCGUCCACUGUGCUACCGUUUUUCAACAGCCUCCCGGUCGAAUGAUGUGUGCCAUCGGCACCGAUUAUGGGGUCUACAUCUCCGAUUACAAUGACCCUCGGGGUUGGAUUCGGGCGAUCCCGAUUGUACGCGUGACUCAGAUCGCCGUCUUUGAGGAAUUCAACGUUUUACUUCUUAUCGCUGACAAGUCCUUGAUCGCCUACCAUCUGGACGUGGUAUGCCCUGCCAGCGGCGUCCAAAACCAAACCACCAGCGAUUCUGCCCGACGCGCACCGCAAAAGCUCUCGGGGAACCGAGAAGUGGGUUUCUUCGCUGCAGGCCAUAUGAAGGAUCGUACCCUGGUCAUGUACAAGAAACGGGAUGGAUUGUCGUCCACGUUCAAGGUUAUGGAACCAGUCCUGCAGAAAUCGUCCUCCAGCAAGACGCGCUUCUUCCAUUCUCGUCGCUCGCAGACGGAGUUCUUCCGCGAGUUUGACGAGUUCUACAUCCCGGCCGAAAGCUACGGCAUCAACAUGUUCCAUUCCUCGCUAGCAAUUUCCACCCAGCGCGGAAUCGAGAUCCUCACGCUUGACAAGAAACAGACCUGGUCGGUCCCGGAUUUCCGAUCGGAGGCUCCGGAGGCGCAGGCCCAUCUGACCGGCAUUGCCACUCGGAUCAGCAACCUCCGGCCGUUGGGCAUGUUCCGGUUGAGCGACAGCGAGUUCCUCGUUGUCUAUACCGAAUGUGCUGUGUACGUGAACAAGCAUGGCGACGUCUCCCGUAGCGUGGUCAUGGAAUUUGUGGGACGGUCUCAUUCCGCCUGUCUGUACGGGAAAUUCUUGAUUCUCUUCAAUGAAGACUUUGUCGAGGUCCGCAAUGCCAUGAAUGGACGUCUGCGUCAGGUCAUCCCGGGUCAUAACGUCGUUCUCCUCGACGACGGCAGCAGCAUGCCUGGUUCCGGAGCCAACAGUGUCCCCACCUCUGCAGGCGGUGCCGUGAACUUGUCCAGCGGCUUGUCUAACGGCGGCUCCAUGGCCAGCAGCGGACGAACGGUCAAGAUCUGCAUGCAGCACCCCGAGCACGAACGAAGUUUGAUCAUUCUCGAACUGAUUGAGAACGAGGACCAGAAAGAUUGAUCUGGAGUCCUUGCCUUGCGUGCUUCUGCUGCAUGUCUUCCGGAAUUAUCUCCAUCCCUUCCCUCUCAUUUCUUCCCUUCCCUCUUCAUUCUUUUUUUUUUUUUUUUUUAUUAUUAUUUUUU